CAAGACUCAUACGUACCGCUCUCUUCCAUUCCAUCCUUGUCCACUCCCUUCUCAGUAUCGUUGCUCUUUCCACCAUCUCUCUCUGCAAAACCCUUGCCACUUCCAUUGUUACUCUCUCUCUCUCUCUCUAUAACUUAUGGCCGGGAUCCGAUUACCGCCGGAAGACUCCGAGGUCUCGCAGGCCCGAGCUUUGACCACAACCGAUCUAAUCUCCGACGACGACCGUUCUGUGGCGGCGGACUCAUGGUCCAUUAAGAGCGACUACGGUAGUACUCUCGACGACGAUCAACGACACGCCGACGCUGCCGAAGCUCUCUCCACCGCCACCUUCCGCGCCGCCUCUGAUUACAGUUCUGAUAAGGAGGAGCCUGAUGCUGAAACAGUUACAUCCAUGUUGGGUUUCCAAAGUUAUUGGGAUGCCACUUACGCAGAUGAAUUGGCGAAUUUUCAUGAGCAUGGCCAUGCUGGUGAAGUUUGGUUUGGGGCUGAUGUUAUGGAGACUGUUGCUUCUUGGACCAAAAGCUUGUGUACUGACUUUUCACAAGGACACUUGGUGAAUCAUGUUGAUGAUGACAAAUUUGGGCCUGUUGAACAGAAUGACAAAGAUUUGUCUAGUUGGAGUGUACUUGACAUUGGCACUGGCAAUGGUCUGCUUCUACAAGAACUUGCUAAGCAGGGGUUCUUAGAUCUCACCGGAACUGAUUACAGUGAAGGAGCAAUUGACCUUGCUCGAAACCUUGCUGACCGUGGUGGAUUCACCAACAUUAAGUUUUUGGUUGAUGAUGUUCUUGAGACAAAGUUGGAAAGGAAGUACAAACUUGUCAUAGAUAAGGGGACUCUAGAUGCCAUUGGAUUACAUCCAGAUGGCCCUAUCAAAAGAAUCAUGUAUUGGGAUUCAGUCUCAAGGUUGGUGGCAUCUGAUGGAAUAUUGGUGAUUACAUCGUGUAACAGUACGAAAGAUGAAUUGGUGCAAGAAGUGGAUAAUUUUAAUCAAAGAAGAGUUGGUGCCUCCCAAGAAGCUGCUGGGACCAUCGCGGACCAAGAGGCCGGCAGAGAUCCUCCUCUAUUCCGCUUCCUUGAUCAUGUUCGUUCAUAUCCAACAAUCAUGUUCGGAGGAUCUGAAGGAUCACGUGUGACUACUGUAGCAUUCCUGAGGAACUGAAAUCAGCCACUUUCCAUCAUGAUAUGUCGUUUCUGUCAAUUGGUUUUGCUGUUAUUUGAGCUACGUGUGCCCAUUUGUGGUCAAGGAAGUGAAAGUUACUAACCUUUAAAAGUUACGGAUUCAUGCUUCUGAAUUUGAUUUGCAGAAGAUGCUUUUUUGGGAUGUACUUUGCUGGGAAUUGAUCUGACUAUACUAUGUGUGUAAAUCUGACCUUUGUUUGGGAUUUGAAGUAAAGGUCUCAAAUCUAGUGCUAAAAAUGAUCUAUUGCACCUUGAGUUUCAUAUGGUUCUUUAUUGCAAAGCAGUUGGGUUUUCCAACCAACACAUUUCCAUUUGUGUUUAUGCUUCCUUUGAACAUGUUGAUUUUUAAUUGCUGUAUUCUGUGGCUUAUAUUAGGUUUUUUCAGUUGUACC